AUCGAUUGUUUCCCAGCUCUAAUACAAAACGCGCGAAUGCCGACAAAACAUUUUUAGCGAAGUUUGGUUUAUAUUUUUAAAGGUAUAUUAAUAGAGUCGAAGAUACGAUUGGGAAAAUGGCUCUCUGGGUGGAUAAACAUCGACCUCGUGAGCUGUCAAAAUUGGAUUACCACAAAGAGCAAGCUGAAAAUUUGAGAAAUCUUUGUCAGCAAGGUGAUUUCCCACAUUUAAUGUUCUACGGCCCUUCUGGUGCUGGUAAAAAGACCCGCAUCAUGUGUUUAUUGCGCGAAUUGUAUGGCGCCGGUGUGGAGAGACUGCGAAACGAAACGAUGACUUUUACCACACCAUCGAAUCGCAAAGUGGAAGUGAUGACCGUCGGCAGCAAUUACCAUUUGGAAGUGAAUCCGUCCGAUGCCGGUAUUUAUGAUCGAGUUGUAGUAAUCGAUCUUAUAAAGCAAGUGGCUCAAACACAUCAAAUCGAUGCAUCGGGGCAACGUGAAUUUAAAGUAAUUGUUCUCUCCGAAGUGGACGAGCUCACCAAAGACGCCCAGCAUGCGCUACGUCGUACCAUGGAAAAGUAUGUGGCUACAUGUCGUAUUAUACUGUCGGUGAAUUCAACAUCCCGUGUGAUACCAGCCAUACGAUCACGUUGUUUGGGGAUACGAGUAGCUGCACCCAAUGAAGAAGAAAUAACCACAGUCCUUCAGCAAACUUGCAAGCGUGAAGGCUUAACAUUACCUGCUGAAUUGGCGGCACGCAUUGUGGACAAAAGUGAACGGAAUUUACGUCGUGCAUUAUUGAUGUUGGAAACUUGUAAGGUUCAGCAGUAUCCCUUUACCGGUCAACAGGACAUUGUUGAGCUAGACUGGCAGGUAUUUUUACGCGAGACAGCCAACCAAAUAGUGACGGAACAAACACCAGCAAAACUGGAGAAGAUACGAGAUCGGUUGUAUGAGUUGCUGGCGCAAGGAGUACCACCAGAUAUGAUAUUCAGAGGCUUAGUAGAGCAACUUGUUAGGAACUGUGACAUGUCACUCAAGGCGAAAACGUUGGAAUAUGCGGCGCUGUAUGAGCAUCGCAUGCAAAACGGUGCUAAACAUAUAUUCCAUUUAGAGGCCUUCGUUGCUCAAUUCAUGAACAUUUAUAAGAAAUUUAUAUCCGAAUCGAUGAUGAUGGACGAUUUUUAAUUUUUUAUAGAUGUAAUGUAAGAAAACAUUGAUUUUUAUAGAACAUAAGAUCUUAAACUUAAAAAAUUUGAGAAAUAAAUUAUUUAAGCCAUAUUUGGUUGCUGUAA